CAAAGAUUUUUUUCCCUCGGACUUCUCCUCUUGAAUGGCGGUAUUUCGACGAUGCACUCUCCUGACUUGUGAUCUUUCUGUCUUGCUCGCCAACGCGCAAGCACACUAGCCAGGUAUACAUGUUCGGUUUUCUUAACUGACAUGCAUUUCCGAUGCAACAUCGAUCCAAGAUGCAGCAGCGGCGCCUCUUAGGUGCAGAAUGGACAGCUGCGCGGCGUCCUUCGUUUUCCACGAGUUGUUCCUGACCAGAAGCGGCUUAGGAUCUCACAGAACACCCGGUGAAUCCCUUUCGCAGCGCGAGACACGGAUCCGAUGACUGUUGAAAGUCCGCGCAGUGACAGUUCUGCGCAAAUGCGAAAUUUGACGAACAGCAGGUAACCUACAUUUGACCAUCCGCCGUAUGUACACCGCAGCAGAGGCCGCCACACUGGGCGACUUUUUCACGGCGAGCGGAGCAGCUAGAUUUCCGCUCUUUCUUUGAGGAAAAGAACUUUUUCCCGCCACUCUCACAUGUCCGCGUCACCGGUUCCGCUCCGAAGUGACUCGGCCGAAUUGGUUUGUCUGUGAUUUCCCGCGGCACGUGUCUGGCCAGCGAGGCCGAGGCCGCAGUGUCCGUCGGUAAUUUUAUGUCACGUGAAACUUGAAGGCGGCUGCCGUUUGCCGGCCGACUUGUAGCUCGCUCACUCAUUUGCUUCAGGUAUUUCUCUAGCGUCCCCGAGAGAGCCUCUGGCUCUUCUCCGUACUGGUUUGCCGGCCCAAGCAGCACAGGACCCUGGGCACUUGGUGACUGCGACGGAUGCAAAAGCCGCUUCAUUGCCGAUUUUUUUCGCGGACAGUUAUGGCCGACUGCCGACUGAAAGCAAGCAUUCGAAGGCGGCGAGCACACACCAUUUGUUUCAGCUUCUCAUCCUCUGUCUUACCGGCGACGGCAACCUUGCGGUCGAACGCCUACGGACCGGGGGCGCCUGCCGGGCGAUUUGCGCCUGGCGACCGAUUCUUGCUGGGUUUGCCACUGGGAGUCGCACCGCCAUGCCACCAUUGUGGACUCGUGCCCGUCCCGACUUCCAGGCCCGCCAGUGGCCUGCACGGAAGGGCGCAUGCACGGAAGGACCGAGCGCUUCGCGGGAGAAUGGUCGUCCUCCUAGACUCCGAUCCGCUUCCCCAUGCACCCACCACUGUGCCACAGCUUGGAAGCGAAGCAGCCGAUUUGGCAACGCCGGUGAAAAACAAGCAGAUCCCGCCUUCCGGACCUCGGGGCCUCCUUUCCAGGUUCCAGACGCGUCAGCUUGCCCUCCGCCACCUCAACGGUUUCUGCCUCCUUCCGCUUGCUCCGUUCUUCCCCCAUCCCGACUUCCAGGGUGUGCCCUUCCGCUGCGCCCAGGUUGGCAGGAGACAAGCUGCGCAGGCCCGGCGUCGGGUUCCCCACCACAACGCCCAUCCCUCCCGGAAGAUGUUUCGGCUGCUUCCCGCCACUCUGCUCGCCGAUGUGGAGGCCGACGGUCCAGCUCCGACCGCAAAACGGCGCCGACGCAGCCUGGCCUGGGGGUCCUCGGGGUGUGCACGCCGGGUGUACAGACACCCGAGUGGGGGGGAGGCGGUCGCACGGGGCGACAGACGGAAUUUCGAACUCUUCAGACCGCGGUAGUGCAGAGUCGCGGGACCGCAGAACAGAGCCGAGACAGCUUUCGAGCCUUGAGCGUUCAAACAAUCCUCCAUGAGUGCAACCUGGACCUCGAUGGCCAAGCCUGGUGGAUGCAGGCGUCGCCGCGAUCCGCCUUUGAACGCAGUACGUUACACAAACAAGGGAGCACAAGUGUCCAGGUUGACGGCGACUUCCGAGGCUCACUGCCCCCGACAUCUCCUGCAUCGCCUCUGCUUUAUUCCGACCAAACAGCUUCUCCUUCCUGCGGGACGCAGAGCUUCCCAGUGCUCUCAUAUUUGUCUCACCCUCCAUUGCCCAACGAACUCGCGUUGUCGGACUUCCCCUUUCUUCGUCACCAAGGGUCUUCUCAAUCGGGGGACACACUUCAGUACCAUGUGCAUCCAGAAACUUUGCUUCACGAGGCGGAGUCAACGAGAACUUGGGCGAGUCCUUUGAUUCACUGCAUGCACUGUAGGACGCCUCCUUCUUCGCUGCAUCACUCCCUUUCUCCUUCAGCUCGGGCUUCUCCGGGCAGCCACGUUUCGUCUGUCUCCUCUUGUCCUCCUGUUUCCCCAUUGAAUCCUCCUUCAUCUGCGAAGUCUCUUCGGUCUCCGCCUCCCGCAGCAGAAGCCUCCAGUGUGUUGGGCACGCCCUCUGGAGAGCCGCGACCGCCGCCCCCCCACCUGCUGCCUCCCCCGCCUCUACAGCUGUCUAGACACCUCGACUCGCCUGAGGCGGCUCGGUCACGGUCAGCGCUUUCUUCAUCUUCGUUUGCUUUGGCUCUCGCGGCCGCUUCUUCGCUAUCCUCGUCUCUGCUUCUGCCUUUGUCUCCGGCGGGGACGAAAGGGUCCGGUUCGCCUUCCUUCCCCGCUGUCCGCAGCUCUGCGGCCCUCGACCGGGAAACGAGUGCUCCUCUCUCAGGAGCCUCAGGCGCGGUUUUCGCGGAUCCUCACUGCCCUUCUAGAAAAGCCAGGGGAGUCCCCAGCAAACGCCCCGCUUCGAGUCCGUUUCGGCAGAAGCGCGAGCUCCGGGUUGACUCUAGAGAUGAGAAGGAAGGGGAGGGAGACGCGAACCGAGUCACGUGCCAGCCGUCUCGUUUUGACUCUCUUCGGAGUUCUGUUCAUGGAGAGAAAAGCAAAUUGGCGCAAGCCGAACUUCACAACAAUUAUGUUUCGAUUCAGUCACGCAGGGCUCGCGAACGCCCAGGAGAAGACUCGCGACGAGGCUUCUCGUCUCUAGUCACGGACGAGGAAAGCAGCUGCGCCUGCGUCUCUCGGUCGCACACCUCCCGCCAUGACGAACGGGAAGGAGACCCGAGACACCCGGCUGUCUUUGAUGGGGCCUCCGAAGCUAACAGAGGCGCGAGAGAAGACAAUCCACCUUUCAGUCUCCCUACGCUAGGCCUUCCGACGCUUGAACAGAGAAGGAAACGCGUCGGAGAACGGCUACGCCUUGAUGUCCCUGCGCCGUCCGUCUCCAAGCUAGCGCGAGAAUCCGCGACAGGAACAGAAGGUGACAAAUCCGGUGUUGUCUCCUCUCUGCGUCUUCCGCGCUCGUUCGAACAUCGAGAGGAAAGUUGCGAACGAGAAAAGGACUCAGCAGGUUUGAGCUGCGCUCGCGGCUGUCCCUGUGCUCCGAUUGCAUCUCUGCCUCGGGGCAGGCGACAUCAAAGCGCCGAACAGACGGCGGACUCCUCGCAUCCACUUCGUUGCUUAGAGUCUGUCUCGAUAUUUGCACCCGAGAGAGGAAGUGUGCAUGCGAAGCCCGGCCAGAGUCGCAUAGCCCCUGGAGGGAGACCUCGAGAGGGGAGCGAAGCGAAUGAAGGUCCUCCCUCUGAUUGUGUUCGAUGUCACAUUGUCCCCAUAGGUUACGAGGGAGAGGCAGACUCUAUUCAAGGACGCCGUUCCAUCGACGAGCCGUCUUGCCGGGGGCCUCUGCCUCUGCUGUCGCCAGCCCUGCCAGAUGUCCCCGGGAGAGACGGCGGAGGCGCAGAUGGUGAGGGAAACCGCGAACCUCGCAGACCCCUCAGGAGGGCGCGCCAGGACGCUGAAACAUUUUUUUCGUCCUUGCGUGGAUCUUCUCGGGAAGUCAGAGGAGGCGUUGCGAGACGGAUGCGUCGCACUCAGAGGCUGUCUCCCCGAGAAGAGGAGACAGUGCCACGUGGGGUCCUGAGGCGGUUUGGAGGGCCAGGGCGAUGCCUUGAAAAGAGUGAACGAGCAAAGAAGGGAGAGAAGAAAGGAGACACAAGACAGUCAUGGACUGAGGAGAAAGAAGACAAGAAAGAGAUGUGGAGGGUGGAGAAAAGAGGCAGAGAACAGAUGCGACAGUCACCCCCGUCUGUCUCGACAGGUUGUCCGCGAGACCAAGAGUUGCCCGAGGAGAAAGAAAUGCGAGAGAAGCCAGCACACAGGAGCAGCCAAGGAAGGAGCGAGGCGGGGCAGGAACGCUGCUCGAAAGAAAAAGGCAGGCAACUGUUCGACCCAUUUGCUCGCUUCGACAUCCACAAGCACACCGAAGCGGAGGACGUCGGUGAUGGCGAAGACCCGGGAAGAAGCAGGGACAAGCCCGCGGACACUGUUUUCCUCCAGACUGUAAACGAAGCGACCGGGCACACACACACAUGUGGAGGAGUCUGGCGAGCCAACGCACCGUCUGCAGUUUUCUCUGGCGCCCACAACGAGGAGCCGAGAGUCGCUUUGAGUGCCCAAACUUCGAGAAGCAGCCUAAAAUCCAAACAGCGGCAGGUCGUCGCGCAGCGCCUUCGACGUGACGCAGAGACCCCCUGCGGCUCUUCAGGGGAGGACGCCUGCUCGGCUUUCCUCAGGCUGGCAGUCGGACACUCCGGGCGAGGAGAGAGAAACGAACACGGAGAGAGAGACGAGAGGGGAAGGAAGAGCGAGACAGGCUCCGAAGACUUGACUGCAAGCGCGUUUUCACAGGGUCCCUCCAGUUUCGUUUCUUCGCUCUCGAACGAGGCACUCUGCACUGCAGAACUCACCAGAAACACCGUUGACCCUCGAAAGGCUCUGCCCCUGUCGGCCUCUGCCGCUUGGCCUCUGUCGCCGUCUGUGUCGGGCGUUGAGGCCCGAUCUUCGCCCAGCAAGCCGGGAGACGAGAGCGAUGCUCAGCUCGCCUCGUACGCCUUUGCCGACUGUCUGGAGCUCUUCGAACAUCCUCUGCUGUGGGGUGUGUCCUCACAAAGGGCCGAUGCCUCACCGCGGUUCGACUUGACCGCCUCGAGGUCCAGAUCGCGUGGCUCAGACCGAGGAGACUCUUUCGACGCAGAGCGAGAAAGAGGAACGUCGUGUCGUCUUUUGCGGAGAACGCGAGUGUCUGUCUCCGCCUCGUUUUGGGGUUGCGUCGAAGAGACAGCGGAGACAGGAAAGGAGGCUUUCGCAGGGACCAAGGAGAACAGAGACCAAGGAGACAUGGGAGAUGAGGGAGCUGCGGAAGGUGCUCGCAGAGAGGAAGUUGAAUAUCCUUCUCUGGCAAGCGCAGUGGAGAGGCGGAUGAGCAUCCACGAGCGCCGAGAGGGCUGGUCGCAGAUCAAUCCUUCGGGCGGUCUCGUGUAUUGUGUGAGGAAGACAGGAGAUAAGACGAGAGGUCAAAGAUGUGAAAACUGUGCAGCCUUUGCCUCGCCAGUGGCAGAGGAUUUUGACGUGUCUGAGGGCCGACGAGAGGUCGAGAGGCGAGAUCAGGGAAACGAGGACGCAUGUUUAAGGACUUUGGCAGGUGCGAGAAACAGCCAGAGAGACCUCGAAGAACUGUUAAAGGUUUUAGGCCUCUCAGAAUGUAUUGGACGUUUUGGGGACUCGCCGCGCUCAAAGCGGCGCCGAGCACGGAGGAAGAAGCUCAGUGCGGGAGAGACGGCAGCGAGCAUUAGAGAAUCAAGAAAAGACAAACGGGAGUUAUUCGAUUGGUGGGUCCAGGAGGAACGAAGUGGACAAACUGAAACGAUGCGCCCCGAGAGCACCGAGAGUUCUUUCACAGGCGUCGACGCACACCCCUCGACGGAGAUGGCUCGUUAUGAAGGGCGAAGCAUACAGAGGGAGGGAUCAGGUGCUCGGAAGAGGUCCUUCUCUCCCUCACCUUCGAGUUCUUCUUCGUCCGGCAUCGAUCUUCUCUCACCCCUCGGAAAAUGGGUCGCGGCAGAAAGGCAGAGCGAAAACGAUGAGGAAACAGAGAACAAGGCGCAGGACGAGAAGGACGAGCAAGAAAAGGAGGACGAGAAGGACGAGCAAGAGAACACCGAGGGGGUGUCUGGGUUUGCGGAACGGAGUGGAAGCGACAUUUGCCAUUCUCUCCACUCUUCGGCUUGUUCCUCGCCGCGAUCGGAGGUCAUGUACCCAGUUCUUCGAACGCGCAAAUCGACUUUUACGGAGAGCCUGUCCUCCGCAAACGCAGCGGUUCCUGGGGACAGUCGUGGGCAUGUGGCGUACGUGGCCUGGUGGCCGACGGCGCAUGAGCAUCUCUUGUCUGUGUUUGCGGAAACGAACGUGUCUCCAGGGACUCUGGGGGUCGGCUUGUAUGCGGAGAAACGCGGCACAACACAGGGCGUAACGCCGGAGGCUGUACAGACAGAGAUUCUAAGAAAACAGCUGGCAACGCUGCGACUCAACGGGAUCCAGUACGUGCUGCGGAGCGGCUCAGGCCUCGCAUGCUUCGUCGGCUUUUUCACGGAGGCUCAUCGCGACGCCUUUCUCUCUUAUUAUGGCUCGACGGAGGCCGUCGGAUCUCUUAACCAGCCGCCUAAGUGGCUGUGCGACAUUUGCCUGGCGUGCGUCCUCGCGCUUUCGUCUCUCUCCGCGUCGCUGGAGGCCUUUCCGCGCGCUGGCGCUGACCGAACCGACAAGCGCAGUCGCGCCCCAGCGUCUCCUUUUCGCGUCCCGGCGCGGGCCUUGUGGCCCUCUGAGGCCCUGCCGCAUGCGACCGCGGUCGCGCGCCGCGCGUGGCGAGGCCUGCGGCGCGGCGGCUUCGAGGACGUGAUCAUGGCGCCUGCAGCUCUUGCCUCGGACGACGCAGCGCUGGUCACUCCGGGGGGUCUCCCAGUAGAGGAUGCUCGAGGGACAGGCGUGACUCUCGCUCCCCCCUGUCUGGGGGUGUUUCUGUCCUGGCUGCCCUUCUCGCUCUGGGAGGGAGGACAGCGGCAGGCCGCCGGCGUUCUCAACGAGCGCCUGCAGAGACUUCUCCACUUCAAGAGCCGACGCCUCCAGUUCCUCCCCAGCGGCGGUGCGCAGCUCGAGUUCGACAGCCCAGCGUACGCGACAGAGUUCCUGAAGCACUACGGCGGACCUGCCGAUUGUCUCCGGACCCAGCGCUUCAUCGACCAUUUUUUCCCCACUCUCAACCUCUUUGUGAACCCCACGGAGCGCCUCACAGCCUCGCUCUCCAUUUUCCAACUCGCCUCGUACCCCCUCUUGAGUGCCUUGCCCUGCCUCGCGGCGAUCCCUGAAGACCCGCUUCUCUGCAUGCAGACCGACAGGUCCCGCCUUGCGCCGUCACGCUGUUCUGACGAGGAACGCGUGACGGAGGAAAACGCUGUGGGGGCGCAACCGCUGGAGGCGACCGAGCGCGAGAGAGGCCGAUUUCAAUGCAAGCCGGAGGUGUCUUCGGGGAUUCCGACUGCAUGCGCUACUGCCAUCACGCCAAGGCGGGAGAAGGCGCGGCAGGCGACCAGGCGCCUUGGAGCCUGGGAGGAAAACAAGGCGUCGAAUAUCAAUGAGGAAGUUCCGCGGACGCCGCAGUUGCGCGGAGGGGAGGACCAACGCGCAGAGAGGUGUGGGGCAACGGAGACGCUCGAGGCGAGGAAUCGCAGACGGAAAGGGAGGAGGGGGGAGAAAAGACCUAGAACCAGAGGUGACGAUAAACAUGAUACUGACGGCUCAGCAGCGCAGAAGCGACACACAAAGGAGGAGUCAUCCGACGUCGAGUCCUUCGGUGAUUCGGGACGAGGCGGCGACCGAGGAAACCGCAAGCCGACAGACAAAACCCCCGCAGGACAUACAGAGGCUUCCGCCAGGUAUACGCGUCAGUCGUCGUUCUCCUCGUCUGGUGAAAGAGUUUAUCCCAGAUCCGGAAAGGGAGUUUUCUCUUCAUUUUCUUCGUCGUCAUUGUCUUCAUCGUCAUCUGUAUCAGCUUCUGCUGCAUCUUCUUCAUCGUCGUCUCUGUCGGCAUCGUCUUUCUCGUUUUCCGGAUUGCCGUCGCGCGCUGCGUCUCCGUCUCUACUUUCGAGGCCUGCCUCGCCUGGCGGGGAAUGGUGGGGGCAGCCAGCAGGACGGGGCGAGGAGACUGUGCCUUUCUCUUCGAGUUCUUUAGGUUCCGAUGUGGCUGUGAGAGCCGAAACGAAGGCUUCAAAAGCGCCUCACGUCCACCCGCCAGGCAGCAGGAAACGACAGUCGUUCUCUUCGCGGCGGUUUUUCUCAAGGGACACAAGGCGUGGAAUGAAUCGCGCGAGCUCGCCGCCUGUGCCGAUUCCGAGUACUUCUCUCUCCUCGGAUUCUUCCCUUUCCCUCUCGCCUCCAACGUCUCCUCGCGGCUUUCCUUCAGGUCCCCCGCUUUCCGCGAUGCUGCAUGCAGUGUGAGAACAUUCAAAACGCAUCUGACCAUCUCACACGCGCCUCGUCUGGAGAAGGCGAAUGUGUGUCAAGCUUCGCCAUUCUCGCGCUGUCUCCCGCGUUCGUUGUUGUCUACUCUGUUUCGGCAGGACUGUUGCCGGUGGAAAGUUUUUUUAAGAUCCAAAAUCGGGGCGCGAGGCCCUGAGCUCCUGUUUUUUCACUGCCACGGGAGAUGCGUAUUCGCGGCUGACUGCGAGCGUCGAUGAAGCAAGAGCCGUUCGCGGACCUUUGCUUGGGCAGCUUCGAACACAGAAG